UCUCUGCCUCCAUUUUUCUCCUUCAGGCCGCACGACACUCACAAACACAUUUCUAUCAAAACGUUUCACCUUUUAAAGACAUGGCCAGGACACAACAGCGAUAUCGAGGAGUUCGCCAAAGGCAUUGGGGCUCUUGGGUCUCAGAGAUUCGCCACCCUCUACUGAAGACUAGAAUUUGGCUAGGAACAUUUGAAACCGCGGAAGACGCGGCACGGGCUUAUGACGAAGCCGCAAGGCUAAUGUGCGGUCCAAGAGCUAGGACUAACUUCCCCUACAACCCAAAUGCAGUACCUCACUCAUCGUCUUCAAAGCUUCUCUCGGCCACUUUGACAGCUAAACUGCAUAGGUGCUACAUGACUUCACUCCAAAUGACAAAAUCAUCAAGACAGGAGCCACAAAAGGCAUUAUUGCCGCUUGCUAACACAACCAGCUCCACUGCUAGAAGCCCCAUUGAAAUGGGUACUCGACUGCCGGAUAAGACUCUGGCUGCUGCUCAGCAAGAAACGGAAGCCAAUUGGGUUGUCAAGAAAGUUCAAGUGGAAAGCACACAGCUGCAGUUUAAUCCUCUCGAAGAUGAUCACAUCGAACAGAUGAUUCAAGAGUUGGUUCAUUACGGGUCUAUCGAGCUUUGCUCUGUUGUACACCCUCAGGCUCUGUAACUUAGGCCAGGACCUGAUCUCAAACCUCCUCCAAUUCAUCCUGUAUUUCUUUUCUGCUAAUGCCAUUCAUUUUGCUAAUUUAGCCCAUUUUCUUAGCCCUUUCGAGACGCUCUUGCCAUGUUUUAGAUCCUUGAUCGCUAGGUCCUACAACUAAGAAGA